AUGCUGUUGUUCUGCCCAGAGUGUGGUUCAUCUUUGCAAAUUGAAGAGGGUUCCAAUUGCUAUCAAUUCGCUUGUCAUAAUUGUCCAUAUGUACAACCAAUUACAAAGCUUAUAAGAAGUCGACACUAUCCAAAGUUAAAAGAUUUGGAUGAAGUGCUUGGUGGUCCUGGCGCAUGGGAGAAUGCUCAAAUUACAAAUGAACGUUGUCCUCGUUGUGCUGGUGAUCGAGCAUAUUUUAUGCAAUUGCAAACACGUAGUGCUGAUGAACCAAUGACUGUUUUUUAUCGUUGUGCCAAUUCAGAGUGUGCGCAUCGUUGGAAAGAAUAA